UGCCGGAGCAGAGCGGCGGCCUCACUGCCUUCGCCCCUUGCAGAGCCCCCCUUCAGCCUCUCCUGCGAAGACCCAGCGGAAGACGAUGGCUCUGAGGGCAGCAGCCUUGAUCCUCGGCCUCCUCGCAGCUGCCACAGCUGCCCGGGCAGAUGUCGACGCUGAAAAGGUGGCCAGCGUGGUGCAGUCGUACUUCGCCAAGUGGAGCGGUGAUGCCAGCGACACCAUGGGGUCGGAGUUCACCCAGAAAGUCCAGGACACAUUCAAGGCCCUCAUCCAGAACAAAGCCCAGGACUUACAGUCCUUGCAGGGGAACAUGGGUCCCUUUACCAGCGAGUUCCUUACCCAGCUGAAAGAGGAAUCCCAAAAGUUGGCGGAGCAUAUGCAGCAGAAGCUACAGCGGUUCCAAGGCGGCAUUUCUUCUCACGCUGCUGAGGUCGGGGGGAAGGUUGCCGACACCAUCCAGAGUGUGAAGAACGACUUUACCCCUUUUGUCGAGAGGGUGCAAACACUGGUGAAUGAGAACGUGGCAGGCAUGGAGGAGACCCUCAAGGUCGCCUUCCAGAAGCUGAAGGAGAACACCGGCAGCCUGCCCUAUGCCGAUCAGCUGCAGCAGAGCAUCCAGCAGCAGGUAGAGCAGAUGAAGGGGAACCUAGAACUGCUCAAUGAGGAGCUCAAUGCCAGAGUAGACCAAAGGAUGCAGGAUCUGCACGCUCAGGUCUCUCCCUACAUGCAGCACAUGCAGGAGCAGCUGACUCGUCAGCUGGCGGGGAUGUCUGACCACAUGAAGGAGAAAGCUGAGCAACUGCGAGCCAAGAUGUUGGAGCGCGCCAAGGGGCUGCAAGACAGCCUGAGCCACGUGCUGAUGGAGCUGAGGGAGAAACUUCAGAGCAAUUCAGGCGAGACCAUGGCCUACGUCACCCAAGUGAAUGAGAGAAUUGAAGGGCAUGUUGAAGAGUUCCGCCAAAAUGCUGAGCAGGUCAGGGAAGUCUUCCUCCAGACCUUGGGACAGGGGAUGGAGGAGUUGCAGCAGAACCUGCAGAGUGUCACUGGUGAGGUGGGCCACAUGAGGUCUCUGGAGGAGGAAAUGAACAUCAGGAUCAACGACUUCCUCAAUUCGAUGAAGCAGACCAAGAACUAGAAAGGUGCCUUUCUCUCCACCAUCACAGCAGCCAGCCCAGUUCCUUGCUCUUGGCAUCACCACGCUCUCCUGGCAUUGGCAGGGUGUGGAUCACAACCCCCUGUGAGAUCCAGGGUGCCGCAGCCCAGCCUGGAGUGGGAGGGUGUCCCAGUUGUCUUAGUUGGGCCAACACUGGGCACCAUUGUGUAACUCCACCUGUAUGUCCACUCCUGCUAACGAUCUCUGUGCACACAAGUGCCCAUGUCUUACACCGUCUCUGCUGAAAUAAACGAGCAAUGCAGCAAUGC